AUGACCAUGUCGGAGGACGAGAAACGGACGAGACGAUUACAACGGUUCCAAGAGACGGCUCCCAGUGGACCUGGCUUAGUAUCACGAGGAGGAGACACUUUGUUACGAGACUCUCCUGAGGCUAGAUGGGCGCUUCUCCGACGCGUCGAGGCGUUUCUUUUCAGGGGAGUAGUAGAUGGUGAUGGAAACAAUGGUUAUGUCGGUGGUGUCCAUGAACCGUAUAAAGUCCGAGUAAAUACAGAGAUUUCUAAUAGAGAGUAUCACCUUGGCGAUGAAGGUCUCAAAAGUGGUAGUAUUGAUCAAACAUGGGUGUUGCUACAGUACAGAAAAUUAAGAGAGGGGGUAAUUUCAAGUAGAGAUACUGAUCAAGAGCUAUGUCGCCGCGUGUUCGAAUCUGGCGGACGGUAUUUCUGGACACAUGGAUUAAUUAGUGGGUAUCUCCCCUCAUUAGAGAAGAUUCUCAAUGGAGAAUCUUCUAAUGGGUGUUUCGAUUAUCAGUGGGCAGUCAGUUGUCUCUGUGUGCAUCUUGCCCUAGUAGAGGGGGACAUUGAGGGUGCCUGGGUUCUGUUGGUGCGAGUGGAAGGGGCGCACUGCAUGGGUCCUUUAUGGGUGCUGCGCCGGGUACUUGACGGGGCGGCGCGGGGGGAGUGGUUUACUGUUGGUCGGGCGCUGCGAGAUCUCCCCCGGCAAGUUUGUGCGAGCUGGGUGGAGGCUCGUGUUCGCGAACGCCAGUUAGCGGCAAUCAAAAGGGCGUAUCGUUGUAGGGGGAAACCACCUAGUGAGGAGGAAAUACAGAAUGUAUGCGACGAUCUCGAGUUUGGUAGGAAGAAAGAGGAGAGAGCAAACGAAGCCGUCAAUAUAAUAUAG